CUUCGCGCUGCUAUACUUCGACUACGCUCUCGCGCUCCCGACCGAAAUCUCGCGCUACUGGGGACGGAGGCUCACAUGGCCCUCUGCGUUCUUCUUCAUCAAUCGAUACCUCUCUUUACUCGGAUUUCUGCCUAUUGUCGUAGAGACGUACUGGGCCCCAUCCAAUCAAGACAAAUGCCACGUCUGGCAUGUAUAUCAUCAGAUAUUUGCGGUCGUGCUUCAGCUCGUUGCCGGCAUCCUCCAAAUUAUGCGUACCUACGCGUUGUAUGGUCGGAGCCGGGCAAUCCUCAUAUUCUUAGUAACGUGCGCUGUCAUAAUCGUUGUCGUUGCGUUGUGGGCUAUCCUUGGCGAUCAUAGCCCGACGAUCACGCUGACCGCGCCGGGCCUUGACCCGGGAUGCAUGUACAUCCUCACCCGAAGCCAAGCCGAUCGUCUCACAAUCGCAUGGUCCGGCCAACUCCUGUUCGAUUGCAUCAUCUUCGCGCUCACGGCCGCACGCUCGGUCUACCGUUCGAAGGAGCAAGUUUUUCUUCCAGGCGCGUUGCACCCCCGCGUCUCCGGCGCGCUCUUCACCGUGCUCCUUCGCGACGGCGCAAUCUACUUCGCCGUACUCGCGCUCUCCUCGCUCGCGAACAUCCUCACCUUCGUGCUGUCUUCGCCCGCUCUCCGGGGUGUGCUCACGAUCCCGACGAACGUGCUCGCCGCGACGCUCAUCUCCCGCCUCAUGAUCAACGUCCGCGACCCGCGCAUCGUUCGCGUGGCGAUGCCCUCGCCCCCGGAGCUCCUUCGGCUUUCGCGUACCGCCGGAGACGCCACGAUCGGUACGUUUGUCGCUCCUUUUCUUUUGGCUAUUUAGGAACCGCCCAUGACGAUACCAUCGAUUUUUAUUUGCGUGUGGCACAGAGACCAGCCCGCGCGGACGCUCUGGUUACGGGUAUGCCGCCUUCGAUCGUGGGUAUGGGCCGCGCGAUUCAUCUCGAGCUGCGGAGGAGGAGUGGACGAGCGGUCUUCCAUCGGACGUGCCGACGUCGGCGGAGAGGAGUUCCAGUCGGUGGUGGACGUUCGGACCGCGGUUUCAAAGCAAGAGCGUCGGGGACGUCAUCGAGAUGAAGGCGCAGCAUGUGGACGGGCGAUCAGACAACUGAUUGCUUUUUUUUAAUUCGAUAUGGAAACCGCGAGCGAGCAACAGCGCGCUCUCCGCUGUUGAUGUGCGCUCUUGCGUUUGUGGUCGGGCCGCUGGGGUGUUGGGUGCCUGAGUGCGACGCCGCCGGGAAUCCACCUCGGGGCAGCUUGACUCGGAGCUGGCGUGCUCGUGAAGCGGCGCUCAGUGCGAGGGAGUGGAUCCGGGGGCAGCGGGCCAUGUUGGGUCAUUGCGAUUAGCAAGCUCACGGAGGAGCUGCGAGGGUUCAUAUCGAGAGUAGAUGAUUGACUUGCACAGAUUGAAGCUUGAAAGGCCACGACUUGGCCGCGGCCGCGGCAUUCAGCCAUAGAGUUACUCUCUUGGAUCUACAUAGAAUCCGUAUUUACCUUACGUGCUAUAACCUAGUUUGUAC